GACAAGAAGAAGAAAAAAGAGUCAUUUUUAGCUAACUUCCCCCCGGGACGUCGAGACUACUCCAGGUCUCCUGCCAGACGAUACGACGACAAGAGGGACGGCUACAACACUGACAGGGACUCCUAUGCGGACGCCAACGAUAACAACUACUACCACCAUCGCCAUCGGAGGGACCGACACGAUUAUACUGGCAUGUACGACGACGAUGGCGGCGGCGGAAGCCAAGAAGAAGAGUACGCUUACUCCAAUCGUGACCGCCAUCGCUAUGACGACGACGAUGGCCGCUCACCGCCGAGGGGGCGCCAUCACCGCAGCAGCUACUCGCGUAGUCCUGUUCGAGACGCGGCUGGUAGGCCCAGCGACACCGUCAUCCUGGAGGGUCUACCCUUCUCAGUCUCCUCGAGCGAGCUUCAAGAGAGCCUCCUGAGGGACUCGAUGGCGGCCGACCUCCCGCCUUUCGAUGUGCGCAUCUCUUCUUCCAAGGGAAGCCGACGCGCAUUCGUUCAGUUUGAUUCAGUUGACAGCUCUGUCUCCUUCAUCAGGGAACACUUCCCCGAGAUCCAGCUCGAGCUUGCACACCCCACCGACGACGUUCCCGACGGUCGCUUCCAGGCGUAUAUUCACUACGCGCGGAAUCGAGAGGAUGGGAGCGACGCUCGUGUACAGCCAGGCAGCAACUGGACGUGUCAUUCGUGUGACUUCUCCAACUACCCCUCGCGCACAAAGUGCAAAGAGUGCGGUGCGCCCCCGUCAGCGCCGGACUGGCAGCAGAGCCUGACGGGCAUGACCGACGCUGCCGACGUGCCUUCGCAAAUACUGGUGGUGUACCCCCUAGCAAGCUUCGUCGACGAGGACAUGCUGGCGGCCGACAUGAAGCGUCUGGAGCGGGAGAAGCCAAAUCCGGUCAAGGACACGGCUUCCGACGGUGCAGCACCAAAGCUCAAAUCUACCGCCCCGACGGGCAACCCCUCGGGGUACGGUGCGCGUCCGGGGUCUCUCCACCGCGUUUUCCUCAUGCGCAACGCCCACAGCGACGAGUCCUUCAAGUAUGGAUUUGCCGAGUUUUGGGCUCUCGAGGACGCGAUGGCCGCUGUUGCCAAGUAUCGCGCUUCACGGUCCUUCACCGUGGCCGCAUGCACGGUGCACGUAUCAACCAUCCACAUGGGCGUGUUCCUCCCGGAAGACCGCGAGCUGACUCCGGAAACGGAACGCAUGUCGUUCAACCCGCUCUUCAACCCAGCCCUGCGCGUCCGGUACAAGGACUAUCGCGUGUAUCCCAGCCAGCGUGUCGUGACCGAAACCCCCCCGGGCGCCAAUAGCCAGACCGCCGACAAGCAACCGGCCGAGGACGAUGCAGCUAAGAAGUCCAAGAAGCGCAAGGCAGAUGGUGCGCCGGCCACCCAGGCGACGACGGCGGCCAAGAAGCCCGUCGUCAUGGCUGGGACGAUGGCCAUGUGGCAGCGCAAGCACGACGAGCUGCACGCCCAAGGCGCCGGCGGCACCUCUUCCGCUGCCGACGCACCGCCACCACCCCCCGUACCCAUCAAGAUUUCCCUCUCCAAUGCCAGGAUUGGCGGUGGUGGACCGACACCAGCUAUCGAGUCUCAGCGGCAGGAAGAGUCCAAGACCCCGGAGGAGGACCGAGCACCGACAGCAGGAGCAGUGAGUUACGUCGACCGCGACCGGCUCAUGUGCCUCAUCUGCAUGCGCAAGUACAAGUCCGUCCAAGAGGUGGACAUACACGAGAAGUCGCGCAACCACAAGCAGGCCACCGAGAACGAGGAUCAGGUCAAGGCCGCCCUACCACGGCUAGCAGCCCGAGAUAAGCGGCAGAAACAAAAGGCAGGGACCACCAACAUCGACGCCACCACGGAGUCAACGACGACGGCAGCAGUAGAUGCUGCUGCUGCUGCUGCUGCUGCUGCUGCCGAUGCCGAUGCGCAGCAAUACCGCGAUCGAGCCAAGGAGAGACGUCAAGUGUACAACCAGCCCAGGAAGCUCUCGUCCAAGCAGACCGACGGCACCGGCACCGGCACCCCUCCCCCACCUCCAGCGGCACCAGCACCGGCACCGUCCAAGGGAGCAGGCAUGCUAGCCAAGAUGGGCUGGUCAGCAGGUGCCGGGCUCGGAGCCAAGGGCGAGGGACGCACCGACAUUGUAGAGACGCACGCCUACCAGGAGGGUGUCGGUCUGGGCGCCGAGGGAGGCAAGCUUGGCGAUGCGGCUGAGGUGGCGGAACGGAAUACAAAGAGCAGUGGCAGCUAUGCGGAUUAUCUUGCCAGUGCGCAGGAUAAGGCGAGGGAUAGGUAUAAGAAGCUGGGAGGAUAA